GCCACCCCAGAACUUCUAACUCUAACUUUCCCUAACACUGCAGUGACCAUAAAGUGCUCAUGAUCACCUUACACAGUGUCCAGUAUGGACGGGUGGUCAGGACAGGGUAGGUGAAAUUUGGUGAGUAAGAUUGUUGUUGUUGUUGUUGUGUGACAUAGAGUCUAUUCCAACCCAAAGUUACCCAAUAAAACAGAGUAGAACUUCCCCAUAAGGUUUCCGAGGCUGUAAUCUUUCCUGAGGCAGAUCAACAGGUCUUUUCUCCCAUGGGGCGGCUAGUGGGUUUGAACCCAUGACUUUCAGAUAGCAGUCAAAUGUUUAACUACUCUGCCACCAGGGCUCCUGAGCAAAGAGUGACAAAAAUAAAUUGGAGCAUGACAGGGAACAGAAGGCAUUUGUGACAGAUUGAAGCAAAGGAAAGAUAAGACAUCACUUCACUUCUUCAGCUUUUGACCCAUUUCUUCUAGUAUUACCUAUUGUUGUGUUUAAGCCUCCAUGUACCUGUCCUCCUUGACUGAUCUCUCUGUAAUGUUAAAAACCCAGAAGAGUCUCUGGGCUUCUCAUCUCCAGGAAGGGGAUGAGUUUGAGAUUGCAUGAGAAAUGUGGGUUCUGAUUCUAUUCUCCUAUUUUUACAGAUCCCACUGGAAGAGAAUGGAUAUUGGAAACAGUUCAUUAGUAACCAAGUUUAUCCUUGUAGGUUUAACAGAAUACUCAGAGAUUCAACUCCCCCUCUUCUUCCUCUUCCUAGGAAUCUACAUUGUCACUGUCGCAGGUAACCUCGGAUUUAUCACUUUAAUUGGGCUGAAUGCUCACCUUCAUACUCCUAUGUACUACUUCCUCUUUAAUUUAUCCUUCAUUGAUCUUUGUUACUCUUCUGUCAUCUCUCCAAAACUGCUGGUAAACUUUGUGUUGAAGAUGAAUAUCAUCUCCUAUGCAGGAUGCAUGACUCAGCUCUUUUUCUACUGCUUUUUUGUGAAUGCCGAGUGCUAUGUGUUAACAGUGAUGGCCUAUGAUCGCUAUGUGGCCAUCUGCAAACCCCUGCUGUACACGAUCACCAUGUCCCCUCAAGUCUCUUCUCUGUUGGCUGUGAUUGUGUAUGUGGGAGCAUUUGUUGCUGCCUGGGCCCACACAGGAUGCAUGCUGAGGCUGACCUUCUGUGAUGCCAACACAAUCAACCACUACAUGUGUGACAUCCUCCCCCUCUUGGAGCUCUCUUGCACCAGCACUCACAUCAAUGAACUGGUGGUUUUCACUAUUGUGGGCUUUGAUGUUGCUGUGCCCUGCCUCACCAUCAUUGUCUCUUAUGCUUACAUUCUCUCCAGCAUUCUCCACAUUCACUCCAGGGAAGGAAGGGCCAAGGCUUUCAGCACUUGUAGCUCACAUGUAAUUGUUGUUUGUGUUUUCUUUGGAUCAGGGGCAUUCAUGUACCUCCAUCCUUCUUCUGUUUUGUCCAUGGACCAGGGGAAAGUGUCCACCGUGUUCUAUACCAUCGUGGUGCCCAUGCUCAAUCCUCUGAUAUACAGCUUCAGGAACAAAGAGGUUAAAAUUGCCCUGAAGAAAAGUUUCAGUAGAAAAACAUUUUCCUGAGCUGGAGCUGUAUUAAUUACUGUAAGAUGACAGGGUUCUUUUUAAUCUUUUCUCCUUGCUAUGGAAUUCUUCAUACAGAA